CUCUCGAGCGGACCGGGCCGUCCGCGGGUGGCGGCGAUCGCAGGGGGCGGCGCCGCUCCCCGUCGCCCAGCAGCGCUGCCCCGAGGCGGCGAGGGAAGGUCUCGGGCAGCGGAGAAAGAGACAGCUGCUUCGGCUAAGGCAGACAAAACCCUCUCUGAGUCUGUGAAGAUCCAAUUCCACAUGGAGACCUCCCCGGAAGAGGAUGAAAAUGCCAGCUUGCUGGGCAAUGGGGAAGCAACAGAGCCCGAAGUAGAAACCUGUUGGAUGGCAAGGCCUGACUAUAUGGAAUUCAACGGGGAUUUGCUGGAGGAAAAUAUGUACGAGUUUUCUAUGGUUGAGGAGGGGAGCCUCAACCAUUCAGAAGACGCAGUAGAAGCUUCUUUUUGCGCCGAAGGCCCAGACUGCGCCAGCAGCAUCCCAGACUCCUUUAAGGCCCUGAGCGACCAGAAAGCCGCAGCUAGAGAGAAGCCCUAUAAGUGCUCGUUCUGUGGGGAAAGUUUCAAGCAGCGUUCCUACCUGGUCAAACACGAGAGGACCCACACAGGAGAAAAGCCCUACAAGUGCUCGGUGUGCGGAAAGAGCUUCAGCCAGAGUUCUCACAUCAUCACGCACGAGAGGACUCACACGGGAGAGAAACCCUACCAGUGCUCGGACUGCGGGAAGAGCUUCAAUCGCAAAGCGAACCUGCUGGCGCACGAGAGGACCCACACGGGGGAGAAACCCUAUGCCUGUUCAGACUGCGGCAAAUGCUUCAGCCAGAGCUCCUGGCUGAUGGCUCAUAAAAUAAUCCACACCGGGGAAAAACCUUUCAAGUGUUUGGUCUGCGGGAAGCGUUUCAAUAACCGCUCGAGCCUGAUCAAACACAAGAGGUCCCACUCGGAGGAGAAGCCGUACAUUUGCUCGGACUGUGGGAAGUCCUUCAAGGAGAGCUCGAAGCUUAUCAAGCACCAGAGAAUCCAUACGGGCGAGAAGCCGUACAGGUGCCCGCUGUGUGGCAAAGGGUUCUGCUUCAAGUCCAGCCUGAGCCAGCACGAGCGAACGCACACGGGAGAGAAGCCCUACGAGUGCUGCGUUUGCGGGAAAACCUUCCGGCAGAAGUCGCAUCUCAUCAGGCAUGAGAAGAUGCACAUGGGCGACAAAUCGUACAGCUGUUGAGACUGCCGCAAAGCCAUUGGCUGGGGCUCAGGUGUCACGGGAUGCAUGUUCUCCCUGCAGGAAGAGAUACGAAAACAGGGUUCUGCCGGGCCCUGUUGUCUCAGAAGAAAGGAAAAGCAAAAAGAGGAAUUGGGAAUGCAGUUUUCUGCGGAAGGACAGCAGUCUCCAUUCUGAUCUGGGACUUGAAACAAAUUCAUUUAAAUCUGCUUUGUAAAUCUUUUGCAAUUUUUUUUCUAAUAAAAAAACCAA